AUGACUGCAUUUCAGAGCCCAUCCAAUGAUGUGAACAAAAUAGAUUUGGUGCCAACACUUUCACUAUUGAUGGGAAUCCCUAUCCCUUUCUCUAAUGUGGGAAAAGUGAUGAGUUCUUUGUUUGAAUACUCUGUUGAUUGUCAACACGUGAGACGAUCUCCAGAGUUCUCGUGUCACGAAGACAUCGCUGAGAUUCAGUGGCUUUGGAACAGUAUAUCUGCUCUGAGGAUAAAUGUGGCGCAGAUUCAGAGAUAUGUGGCGUCUAUUGUGCCAAAUGUCAUACAAAGACAAUUAGAGGAACUGCUGGAACGACACGACAGGAGUUGGGUUCUCUUGAAUUACAUCCCAAGUGAUGACAAAUUGGCGACAAUUCAGUCACUUACAGAACUUCGGAAUAAAUACGACGACUAUAUCUCACAAUUGAAAACUCAGUUAAGUCUCAAUUUGGCGUCAUUUGACUCCAGACUCAUGAUUAGCGGACUUAUUGUCAUAAUGAUGGGCGCCAUAACCGCUAAUCUGAUUAGAGUUCUCGACUUUCCCUUCCAUGAGAACAGUUUCAAUGAUAUCCUAUUCUUAAGUGCUGUCACUUCUAUAGUGGUACCCAUUGGUGGACACAAAGAACUCUAG